CCCUCGCCCCGGCGCGCGGCCGGCUGGCGGGCCGGCUCUCGGACCCCGCAUCAAUCAUUAACGGGUCUGCCCGGGCUGCGGCGGCCCCAGGAGGGGGAUGCGCCCGGCACCCCCACCCGGCCGGCCCCGAGGCCCCCCCGGCGUCCGCCAAGCUGCUGCUGCGCUGGGACGAGGUGCCCGACGACUUCGUGGAGUGCUUCAUCCUGUCGGGCUACCGGCGCCUGCCGUGCACGGCGCAGGAGUGCCUGGCCUCGGUGCUGAAGCCGACCAACGAGACGCUCAACUUCUGGACGCACUUCAUCCCGCUGCUACUGUUCCUGAGCAAGUUCUGCCGCCUGUUCUUCCUGAGCGGCCGCGACGUGCCCUUCCACCACCCCUGGCUGCUGCCGCUGUGGUGCUACGCGUCCGGGGUGCUGCUGACCUUCGCCAUGAGCUGCACGGCGCACGUGUUCAGCUGCCUCUCGCUGCGCCUGCGCGCCGCCUUCUUCUACUUGGACUACGCGUCCAUCAGCUACUACGGCUUCGGCAGCACGGUGGCCUACUACUACUACCUGCUGCCCGGCCUCAGCCUGCUGGACGCAAGAGUCAUGACCCCGUACGUACAGCAGCGCCUGGGCUGGCACGUGGACUGCACGCACCUCAUCGCGGCCUACCGCGAGCUGGUGCUGCCGGUGGCCUUCGUGCUGGCCGUGGCCUGCACGGUGGCCUGCUGCAAGAGCCGCACCGACUGGUGCGCCUAUCCGUUCGCCUUGCGCACCUUUGUCUUCAUCAUGCCGCUCAGCAUGGCCUGCCCGAUCAUGCUGGAGAGCUGGCUCUUCGACCUCCGGGGCGAGAACCCCACGCUCUUUGUGCACUUCUAUCGCCGCUACUUCUGGCUGGUGGUGGCUGCCUUCUUCAACGUGAGCAAGAUCCCCGAGCGCAUCCAACCAGGCCUCUUCGACAUCAUUGGUCACAGUCACCAGCUGUUCCACAUCUUCACCUUCCUCAGCAUCUAUGACCAGGUGUACUACGUGGAGGAGGGGCUGCGCCAGUUCCUGCAGGCGCCGCCGGCAGCGCCCACCUUCUCGGGCACCGUGGGCUACAUGCUGCUGCUGGUCGUUUGCCUGGGGUUGGUCAUCCGGAAGUUCCUCAAGAACACCGACUUCUGCAGUAAAAAGUGAGCCUCCACCAUGGGAGAGGCUCCUGGUUUGCCCAUCCGUUUGUUUGGAGUUUCUGUUGUUGCUCUAGUUGGUUUGUUUUCAAGUUUUGUUGUGUUUCCUUCUUUGCUCGAGGAGGGUGCUGCAAAACCACAAGGGAAAGGUCCACUGCUACUAGGGAGUCUCAGUCCACGUGGAGCUUUAGAGGAGGGAGGGGGGAAUCAGCCGCCAGAGGACCGCUGGUUCUUGCUCCCUGCAAAAAAUCAGGUAAUGUCUCUGACAUCCAGGGAUUUUUCCCAGGCAUCAAAUCCCAAACAACACCCCCAGUUUGAUUUUUCUACUUGUUUUGUGUAUCAGCGGUAAUAAGAAGUCGCCCUUGUGAGGUCAGGUAUGCAGUAAGGAAGAUAAAUACUCAGAAAUCCCUGGGUACUUCCAUUUCAGUCAGGAAUGCUUGGAUUUGUCAGAAGAAUGGAGCUUUGUAGGAAACGGGUGCAAAGACACAAACCCAGGGCUUAACCCGCUAGAAAAUGCAUGGAAUGUGAACACAAAGUUAAUUAUUCCAAAAUGUUUCUUACAUGUUAUUUAAAUAGUAAUAUAUAUGAUGAUUUUUUCAUAAUUUAUAAAAGCCUGUGAUAUGCACUGAAUUUUCUUUGUCACAUAGUUUUGAAUUGUGCAGCCUUCUGCAUUGCACACACUUGAACCGGACAUCAGGGCAAGCUGCUUAAAAGUUGUCUACUUUUUAAAAACAGUGUUUUCUGAAGGCCUGUGAGUCUCAUGAUAAACUGUGAAUGACCUUUACCUUAGGGAUUCUGGUUAGUCUAUUGGUGAAGAGCUCACGUGGUUUGUAUAGAUCCCAGAUUCCUCCUUACUUUCAUGUAUUCCACAGAACUCAUCUGAUUUUUUGUUUGUUUUGUCUUUAAUCUUAUUCUUUCCUACUCUACUAAAAUUGCCACUGGAAUAAAUGUGCCUUUUGAAGCAAUGCCCAAAUGACUGACCUCAGACAGUUUCUUGCAUGGGAGAGCAUCAGGAAUAAGCUUUUCUUCUUCUCCUUCGUAUCAUAAUGAAGGUGGGGCUGGUUUUAAGUUUUUGUUAGGACCAGAAGUAGCUUGCAGGGACGUGCAUGGCAUUUGGCUUCUCUACCAGGACAAAGAGCCAACCCAGCAAUAUGGCUGUGGCUCCUGAUACAGCCACGGGGAAGGUGAAAGAACACUGGUGCCGUCCCUCUGUGCUUAAAACUUAAAAUGUAGUAUUCAGGAGUAAAUGAGGCAGUUAAUAUUAUGAAAACCAGAAGCGUAUUAGCUUGGGUUAUAACUGAAAUUUAUGAAUUAAAUAACAUUAUGCAUGCCCAGUUAAACACAGAACUCUUACUUGGGUCAAGAUUAUGGAAAUGUUUGGCAAUCACACUGAGUCCUUAAAAGAUUAGCAAAGACACCCCACGAUGCUUUAUUUUUUUAUGGUCAGGGUCUGGCUAUAUAGUCCAGGUUGGCCUGGAACUCCCUAUGUAGCCCCACUUGGGCCUGAAUUUGUAAUCUUCCUGCCUCAGCCUCCCAAAUGCUGGUAUUAAAGGUAGUCGCCAACUUGCCCACUUCCCAAGAUGCUUUCUGAUCCCCACAUUGGCCAGUAGUACUUGGACAUAUCUUAUAAAUGCUAGCCUAUAAUUGAGGUGGAAACUCCUGAAGAACACAUACCUCUGAGGUAGCUAAUUUAAAUAUCACACUUCGUGAGUCGUUUGGUUGAGAGUCAAAAAAAGUCCAUAAAUGGGAAGUCUUGAUUUGAGGGUAUGAUUUUGAUCAAGCACAUAAAGUGGGUGAACACUUAGCUCAACACUAGUGAAGAGAUGGCUCACAUUUUUUUCCUUAUUGUUUUAAUCACUACUGUAUUUGUAAACAGAGAAGCUCAGCACAAUUCCCUGGAGGAAGCAGUAUCAUUGUGUGUGCUAAUUUGCACACAGAAGCUAAAUUUAUGUAUGUCUGUAUUUAAUUUAGGACCAUGGAAUGGGAUCAUAAAUAUACUUUGUACAGUUCCUAA